CAUAUCAAAGCUGAAAAGUACCGUCAGUUCGGUUUCUCCCUCCAACUUCUUAAUCCAAUCCACUGGUUUCAGUUUGCCGAUGAUGCUGCGGUUAUUACUGGUCAAGAGUCGGAAAAUCAACAUCUCCUUAAUCGAUUCUCUAUCUGGUGUCAAUGGUCCAACAUGGUUGUUAGAGUUGAUAAAUGUAGCACAUUUGGCAUCAAAAAAGUUUUAUCAAAAUCUGCCCAGUAUCUGCCGAAGCUUUUGAUCAAUAAGGAUCUCAUACCAACGAUUAAGACUGGAGAAUCAUUUGAGUAUUUGGGACGACAUUUCGACUUUAACAUGACUAAUGAAAAACAUAAAUCUGAAGUGAUUUCCCUCAUUGAUGAACUAAUGUCCGAAAUAGAUCUUAAACCUCUUCACCCAAAAAACAAAAUUUUACUUUACAGUCGUUAUGUUUUGUCAAAGCUAUCCUGGCAUUUUACUGUUGCUACGAUAUCUAAAACUUGGUUAGUCGAAAAUAUCGAUUCUUCGGUGAACAAGUACAUCCAAAAAUGGCUGGAAGUACCUAUAUCUGGAACACUAAGUAACGUUUUUCUAACCCGUAAUAAGUUUGGUCUAAAUAUCCUCCCUGCAUCAGUCAAAUUCAUUCAGUGUCAAACAGUUCUACGCAAUGCCCUGAAAACAUCUCCAAACGAUUCGAUAAACGAACUGUGGAAGUCAACUAAUAAUCAUACUAACAUUCAAUACGAUAGCUACAACUCAACUAAAGAAGUUUUAAAAACUUUCCAUUCUCAACAAGAAAAUAAACUUAGGAACCGUUUGAAAUGUCAAGGUUCCUUUUUCGAAAAUGUUUCUAAAUUCUCGCUAUCACAACUUAACGCAAUCUGGUCG